AUGUCGCGUAGGACGCUGGCUAGCUUGUCAUCGGGGCUACUCCCCGGGAGUAACAAAUCCUCGAUGAGCCUAAUCGCAAAUCCUAUCUCGGUCAAGCCAGUCGUCGGCAUUCCAGCUCGAAGCGCGUCCACCUCAUCCUCAACCGCCCCGCCAAAACGGCCCUCACCUUACCGUCUUAUCCCAGCUCACACCUUCCUCGCUCAGUUCGCUCCUCUCCAUGUCGCAGGAUGGCGACUGGAUCUCCUGCCCACAUCUCCUGCCGCCCCUCAGACCGCGGAGGCGGGGAUGGUGGACCUGCAAGAUCGCCGCCUCGUCCGCCUGUACGAGUUUGAGUCGGGAAAGCAGGGCUGGAAGGAGUGUAUGCGGUUCAUGCACCGCCUAGGCGAGGUGCAUCAUCCAAAGAUCCUCGUCAUGCCCGCGCAAGACUACAUCCCGACCACCAUCACCCCGACAUCACCGCAGAGCGGAUACAUCCUGGAGGUCUCAACUCACACGCAUACUCCUCUGCCUGCUCCUCCUGCCAACAUUGGACAAGCGGGGUCCAAGGAAAAGAUGCGGCCAGGAGUGACGAGCAAAGAUGUGAGGUUGGCGGAGGCGGCAGAAGAGAUCUGGAGGGACAAUUCAGGGGGAGGCGCCGUAUGA